AUGGUGGCUGCUUACUCUUCUACUGCUGUUUGUUUUUUGAUUGAGCCAGAUUGGUAUUUUGGGGCGAGGAUGAAUGGAUUGCAUUCCCCUCCCCCAGAUGAUGACUUUUUGCAACUUGGUGCUCCUGGAUGGCGAUCUUCGCAACUGGGGAAUUGCUUGGUGGAUGCAAUUCCUAUAUUGACCCUUUUGCUUCUCGUGACAGCUCUUGCCGGCCAUGCCGAGGCAACGGAGAAGGAGAAGAAGGCCUAUAUUGUUUAUAUGGGUGAGCGGCUGAAGAAUAUGGAGCCUCUAUCAAUACCAUCACUUCAUAAGAGUUUGCUAAAUCAAGUAAUUAAAAGCGACGACGGUGCAUCUACACGCUUAAUCCAUUCUUAUGGCAAGAGCUUUAAUGCCUUUGCAGCAAUGCUCACAGAAAAUGAAGCAGAGAGCUUAUCAAACAUGGAUGAGGUGGUGUCUGUCUUCCCUAGCCAGCAAAGAGAGCUCCAUACUACAAGAUCAUGGGACUUCAUGUCCUUUCCAACGACCGCAACUCAUUCAGCCUUCGAGUCCGACGUUAUCAUCGGCAUGCUCGACACCGGAAUAUGGCCGGAAUCCCAAAGCUUUGACGACGCCGGAUUUGGCCCCCCACCGCAUAAGUGGAAGGGCACCUGUCAAACAUCAAACAACAAUUUUACAUGUAACAACAAAAUCAUUGGAGCACGUUACUACCACCUUGUAGGAAGCAUAACAGGGGAAAACAUCCCAUCCCCACGCGACUCUCAAGGCCACGGCACUCACACCGCCUCCACCGCCGCCGGACGGUUGGUCGCCAAUGCCAGCCUCUCUGGCCUCGCCGAAGGCACUGCUCGUGGCGGCGUUCCUUCGGCUCGCCUCGCGGUGUACAAGGUAUGCUGGAAAAAUCAGGGCUGCUCUGACGUCGACAUCCUCGCAGGAUUCGACGAUGCCAUUGCGGAUGGGGUCGACAUCAUUUCCAUUUCCGUUGGAUGGUAUGCCGCUAUUCAGAAAUAUUUCUCGGAUCCAAUUGCCAUCGGAAGCUUCCACGCUGUGAAGAAUGGGAUACUGGUGUCCAGCUCGGCCGGGAACACUGGUCCAGAUAGGUACUCUGUGGUGAAUUCCGCUCCGUGGAUAUUGACUGUAGCGGCGAGCACUAUUGACCGCAAGUUUAUUGCUCAAGUCAAGCUUGGCAAUGGCGAUGCUUAUCAGGGCGUGGCUUUGAACAUAGAUAGCUCCAAUGGUACUUUGUACCCUCUAAUAAAAGCGUCAGAUGCUCCCAACACAUCAGCUGGCUUCGACUCAUCAACCGCUAUGUAUUGCAGUAAAGGAUCUCUGGACGAAGAUUUGACCCAGGGUAAGGUAGUCAUAUGUGAGCACUUCAACAUUGGCCUUGGGCCGCAGGUUGCAGGUGCUGUCGGGGCAAUUAUGCCACCAGUUGAUACAGUAAUUAGCGACUACGCUAUACAGUUUAAGCUUCCUGCCUCUGAGUUGGAAGUUGAUGACGUCGAUAAAAUCAUACGAUAUUCUAACACAACAAGUCAUCCAAUGGCGAGUGUUGGAAAGAGCGAGGGGGUGUUCGAUGGCCAUGCGCCUUACGUUAGCCCAACUAUGCAGUGA